GCCGGUGCUGGGCUAUUUGGAGUUGGGAUAGGAAUGGCUGCCCUUAGAAGAAUGAGUCAAGUUAUAAACCUUCUCGUUCGCCGUAAUCUCACUUUAACUUUAGAAGUAGCCAGUCAUGAUAAGGCUUAUCCCUGGGUUUUACAUUGGAUUACGCUGAAAUCUAAUGGACCGUUAAUGAAAGGUGGAAAAAACAAAAUAGGUGGUACAAGUCAACACUUAAGCGUUGAAACUAGUGUAGUACGUACAGAAGGCGGGCGAAUCAAAGCUGCAUUCGGCUUUGUGCCUAGCGUUGGCGUUCACUAUAUGGUUCACCAAAUGAAAUUAAUCCGAAUUGAACGUGUUCGUGCUCAACAAUCCUUACAAGGUGCUACUGUAGCUCCAUUCGAAAGUGUAACUCUUACGACGUUCGGUCGCAACGCCAGAUUUUUUAUUGAUUUGCUCGAGGAGGCUAGAGAAGAAGCUCUUGCACGUGAAAAGGGUUGGACCGUUGUUUACAAGGCUGUUGGUUCAGAAUGGCGCCAGUUUGGUUAUCCUCGUCCACGUCGACCUUUAAAUUCUGUCAUACUGCGUGAUGGUAUAGCUGAAACUAUUGUAGCUGAUGUCAAAGAGUUUGUUGACAACCAGGCCUGGUACACUGAUCGUGGUAUACCAUAUCAUCGUGGUUAUUUAUUAUAUGGACCACCAGGAUGUGGCAAAACUAGUUUCAUAACAGCUUUGGCAGGCCAUUUAGAUUAUAGCAUUAGCAUAUUAAAUUUAAGCGAAUUCGGCAUGACGGCAGAUCGAUUAGAUCAUUUAUUAACGCAUGCACCGCUUCAAACUAUCAUCUUACUUGAGGAUAUUGACGCAGCAGUGCAUAGUCGUAACACAUCAAAUAAUGAUCUACUUCAUAGCAAAGCUUAUGAAGGUAUGCCAACACUCACUUUAAGUGGAUUGUUAAAUGCACUAGAUGGUGUAACCUCGACGGAUGGUCGCAUCAUAUUCAUGACUACAAACUAUAUCGAUCGACUUGAUCCUGCUCUAAUACGACCCGGUCGCGUUGAUAUGCGUGUACGAGUUGACGUUUGCGACUCGUCUCAACUAAUGCGCAUGUUUAGUCGAUUUUACCCACAGUGGACGUCGUCUGACAUUAAUAAUUUAGCUCAAAAGUUUGCAAGUCUAUUAAAGGAUACACCUUUGAGUUCAGCACAAGUUCAAGGUUAUUUGCUGUUGCAUAAAGAUGACCCUUUAAAAGCAAUUAGUAAUAUAAAUCAACUGUUGUCUCCGUAUGAUUCAUAA